AAAUAGAGCACAUUUUGAUACAGGAUUUACCUCUUGGUGAGCUUUGUCCAGAUUAAGAAAAACCAUAAUGAAAGUGUUUAUUUUUAUUACUUUUCUCAUUGUGUCAUCGCCAAACUGGAUGGAUAUGAGCAAUGGAUCUCUGAUUAGAAUUCCUUUGAAGAAAGUCAACAUUGAACAAAACAUAUUGAGUAAUCUGGUGAGAAGUGGACAACAUGGUAAAUUUAGAAAUACAGGAGAAGUGCCUUUAACAAAUUCCAUGAAUAUGUAUUAUUAUGGAGAAAUCAGUAUUGGAACACCCCCACAAAAGUUCAACGUAAAUUUUGAUACCGGAUCCGAUCUUUGGGUUCCUUCGUCCAAGUGCCUCACUGAGUUAGAUGUUAAUAAUAACAAUAAACAUUGCCAAAUCCAUAGACGAUACGAUGCUAGCAAAUCUUCAACAUAUCAAGCCAACGGCACAAGUUUCCAAAUAGGUUAUGGAGAUGAAUCAUCUGUGGUUGGUGUUUUAUCUGAAGACAAUGUAGAGGUUGGCGGAAUUGUGGUAAAGAAUCAAAUCUUCGGUGAAGGAACUUCACUCAGUUUCUCAUUGGGCGAAGUAUACGAUGGUAUUUUAGGAUUAUCUUACCCACGUCAAAAAACUACAGUUCUUGAAAAUAUGGUUAAACAAGGGUUACUGGACAAACCAGUGUUUUCGUUUUAUCUGAGUCAAGCUGCCAAUGGGGAUAAAGGAGAAAUUUUGUUUGGUGGAUCGGAUCCAAAAUACUACGAAGGAGAUUUUACAUAUGUACCAGUAACGGAAAAACCCAAUUGGCAAGUUACUGCACAAGGUAUUUCUGUAGGCAACCAAGACCUAUGUCAAAAUGGAUGUGAAACUAUUAUAGAUACUGGUACUUCUCUGAUCUAUGGACCACGGGACGAUGUUGAAGCUAUCAACAAUGAAAUUGGUGCAAAAUUGUCUGAUUUCAAUAUAGAAGAUAAACACUAUUAUAUUGAUUGUAACACCGUAAAUGAUCUUCCUGAUGUAGUAUUUUCUUUUGGAGGCCAACAAUUUGCCAUACCUUCUUCAACAUAUGUAAUAAAUAAUGGUUAUACAUGCUAUUCCAGUUUUCUAGUACAAAAUGCGAUACCGGAUCUACCAGAUAAAUGGCUCGUAGGAGAUUCGUUCCUGAGAAGUGUUUAUACGGAAUUUGAUUUUGGUGAAAACCGCAUUGGAUUCGCAAAACUUGCUAAAACAGAUUAAAUUUAUAAAGAAUUAAUAAUAAAACGUAUUGUUUAAUA